UGUCAUCUCCACCACUCUGUUACAAUAUGUUGUCUUAUUCACUAACCUUGCUUCAUCACCUGCCAUAUGACUUGCAACUCCUGAAUCGACUAUCCAAUUUUUAUUGUAAACGACUUUGCCUUGGUUAAGGGCUGUUAAGACAACUCGAUUUGCUGGGGCUUCCGUCUCUAUUCCGAACUCAAGGUUGUCCUUUUCUUCCUUACUGUAAGGCCCGACUUUUGGGCCUUAUUCUUGAGCAGCCCAAGGGGAGCCAAGCCCAUGUGAGAAAGGAAAGCUACUAGGGCUCCCAGCUCCCUUCCUCCCCCUCUGCUGGCUCUUUUCCGUCUCUCUCCCUCUCUCUCUCUCAUUCUCUUCCAAGAGCACUUUUGUAAAUCAUUGAUUCUUUUAAAAUCCAACCCUCUGAUUGUGAAUCCGCCCGUAUUUUCACAGUAAAAGUGGCCCCGAUCUACAAGGAGGUGACUUUGAUGUGACCCGAGAGCGUCUGUGGGAAUCCCAAAUAUUUUAUGACACUGCUACACAGUUCCAUGAAGUUGCCCUGGAGAUCUCGAAGCUGGCAGAUUAUGAUUAGUCAACAGCCUAAAAGCAAGAGAAGACGAUGCCAUGCCCCCAACAGCUUCUUAAUCCAUUCGCCCUUCAUUUCACGAGUAUCUUGUCAUAGAGUCAAAGUAGCCGUUGCACCCUUUCCUCCUCGGCUCCUCCCCAUUUAAAUACCCAAAAUCUUCGCGACAAGAAUCCCGUGUUCACAGCUCCGCUCCACCCCCCUACUCUUCCUACGAAUCCUUCUUCUUCCUCAUCUCUGCAAAGCAAAGUAUAAGAAGAGAUUCAAUUGGAGAGAUGUUUAGCACGGUGAUGAAUCGUCCUCUUCGGCCGGAAAGCGCGCUGUCGAUGCCAUUGUUGUCAGCAACAACCACCAGCAGUAGCAGCGGCGGAAGCAGCGACACCGACGACAGCCCCCCCGCGUCGCGCCGCAUCCAGCUCCAUGAUCUCGGGUAUCAAAUUUCAAGCAUGUCCAGUUCGGUGUUCCGCUCUAAUUAUAAGUCUCUGGCGGUUCUGUCGGGCCAUGUUGGAUCGGUUUCUUGUCUGGCCUUGUGCGGCGAAUUCAUACUCAGUGCCUCGCAAGGCAAGGACAUCAUCGUCUGGCAGCAGCCUGAUCUCCGGCAGUUCACCAAGUUCGGGCAAGGCGACGGUUCGGUGAAAGCCCUUGUCACGGUCGGCAACAAGGUCUUCACGGCCCAUCAAGAUAGCCGAAUCAGGGUGUGGAAAGUGUCUAGAAGGUCUGAGAAUGUGUUCAGGCUCGUUGACACACUUCCCACUACAAAGGAUUAUCUGGGGAAGUUCAUGAAGCAAAGCAAUUACGUGCAGACUAGGAGGCACCACAAGCGGCUGUGGAUUGAGCAUGCGGAUAGCAUUUCAUGCUUGACAGUGUAUAAUGGGUUGAUCUAUUCCGGUUCUUGGGAUAAGACCCUGAAAGUGUGGAGGAUUUCGGAUUUGAAGUGUUUGGAAUCGAUUAAGGCCCAUGAUGAUGCCAUAAACGGAUUGGUUGCAAGCAAAGGAAUUGUCUAUUCAGCUUCAGCCGAUGGGAAGAUCAAGGCCUGGGGGAAAGAGGGGAAUUCGUCACACUCUCUGAAAGGAAUCCUGGAAGGCCACAAGGAUGUUUCUCUGAAUUCUGUCGUCGUUUCUGACGAUGGAAGGUUCGUUUAUGGCGGGGGCUCAGAUGGGUUUUUGGUGGGGUGGCAGGGGAACAGAGAAUUCAGCAGCUGGAAGAUUGUGUGUGAGGUGAAAGCACAUCAAAUGGCCGUUCUUUGUAUGUGCCUAAUGGGGGAUUAUCUCUGCAGUGGCUCGGCCGACAAGAGCAUCGGCAUCUGGAAGAGAGAGUUCAAUGGCGGAAUUUGCAGAGUUGGGAGGAUAAGAGGCCAUGAAGGGCCUGUCAAGUGUCUGCAGGCAUCUCCUAAUGGUGUUGGGGGUGGGUUCAUGCUGUACAGUGGAAGCCUUGACAAAAGCCUGAGAGUUUGGUGGGUUCCUAAGAACUCUAAUAGGGAAGAAGAAAACAAAGUUUCAGAGAAAACUUCCCCAAUCUUGUUUUAGUGUGUUUGUGAUGAAGCCCUGGACCCAUGUUUUUUUCAGUGUCUCCAGUGCUACAGAGAUUUUGUCUAUAGUAAUUUUGUCCAUCUUGAAGUUUGGGUGAGAGUAAACUUUAGAGUUUAGAGUUUUCUGGGUGUAAAUCUUAGGAAACAAACAAAGGGUAACUGUAGAGUAUUUGUCUGUGUGGAUGUGUGUUUGUUUGUCUUCUUUAUCUUGUUCCCCCUAUUUCCUUAAUCUCUUGUUGGUUGUGAAGUGUAAUUACAAUAUUGGGUCAUUCAAUUCAAUUCAAUAAGGAUUAUAUGUUCUUUGGCAGUUCUGCUUCUGUCCUGCAGUUAUAUAACUAUUUUAUCAAGUGCCUUCCUGUAUACUUAUAUUG